AAUUACAUUAAACGACACACAAGUGAUUGUCGUUCGAUGCCCCCGUUCUUUCAUCGACCCACACUCUCUGCCCUUCUCUCGAGUCUCCAGAGAGUAGUACCUUGAAGGACAGUGGCAAAAUCGGAGCUAGAAACGACAACGAUCGACGAAGUAGACUUUGGAGAUUCGUUAUCGAAGGAAAAUGGCUUCUUCUUCUUCUUCCACAGAGGCUGGGGUUGUUGCAGAAAGAAGAGGAAUACCAGGAGCUCAGUUCGUGGAAGAUGUGCAGACCUAUCUAAACCAAUCAGGACUCGAUGUUAACUCAGCCCUCGCUUUUCUCCAAGAAAGACUUCAGCAGUACAAGGUGGUUGAAAUGAAACUUCUUGCUCAGCAAAGGGAUCUUCAGGCAAAGAUUCCUGACAUUGAGAAAUGUUUAGAUGUGGUUGCAACUCUGCAAGCUAAGAAGGGUACCGGUGAGGCACUUAUUACAGACUUUGAAGUCUCAGAGGGAAUAUACUCUCGAGCUCGUAUUGAGGAUACCGAUUCAGUGUGCUUAUGGCUUGGAGCAAAUGUAAUGUUGGAGUAUUCUUGUGAAGAGGCCACUGCUCUUCUUCAAAAGAAUUUAGAUAAUGCUAAAGCUAGUUUAGAAGUACUUGUGGCUGAUUUACAAUUCUUGAGGGAUCAGGUGACAAUUACCCAGGUCACAAUUGCUCGGGUGUAUAAUUGGGAUGUUCACCAGCGUAGAGUUCGACAAGCUGCUGGUGUUGCUAUAGAAUCAUGAAAGAAAUUUUAUCAAAUCUUGGAGGUUGUACAAGUUGCUUUAAGUUUUUACUUAAUAACCUGAGGUGAUUGGACAUGUUCCUAUAUUUUUAAUUUUUUUGCAUUAGAUCAUAUUUACAUUAAAUAGGUGUUUGGUAUGUUAAAUUGUUUCUCCUUUGCAUUUUCAAAAUCCCUAUUAUAUAUAUAUACUAUUCUUAGGACCAGUUUUGGGUAUGUGGUAUAUGUCUGUCUGUCUGUCUUGAUAUGUAACAUAUCCUUUCCUUAAUCACCUUAAUUUUUAGAUUGAUGGACAUGAGUUGUGUGCAAUACCAAUGAUGCUAAUUUGAUUGGCUAAUUUUGGUA